GACGACCGAUGGAACGAAACAAAAAUAUCCGGAGAAUCGAAUGGCCAAAACCAAAAGCAAAGUAAAUAAAACCUUUCGAAAUUAAAAAAAAAAAACAGAAAAUUAAUCAAUCAAAAACGAGAAAAUGGCUUGCAGCAGGAGUAUUAUGCGUUGCUCUGUGUUCAUAACUGAGCCAUGGGUGAGACCUCUUAAUCAUCAGAACCGAGCUCUGUUUUCACAUCAAUCGAGGCACAGAUGGAGCUGCGGAUUUUAUAGAAGAAGAAGUAUUAGGGCUCGAGUUUCUCACUUCUCCAAACUAAGCUACGUUAAUUGCUCUUAUAAUGAUAAUAACAAUACUGAAGAUGGACAAGAGCAAGGACCGCCUCAAGAAGCUGUUCUUAAAGCUAUAUCAGAGGUUUCAAAGACGGAAGGGAGGGUUGGGCAGACUACGAAUGUGGUUAUUGGAGGUACAGUAACCGAUGAUUCUACUAAUGAAUGGCUCGCUUUGGAUCAGAAGGUAAAUUCAUACCCAACGGUUAGAGGUUUUACGGCGAUUGGAACUGGAGGUGAUGAUUUUGUGCAAGCUAUGGUUGUCGCCGUUGAAUCUGUAAUUCAGCAACCAAUUCCUGAGGGUCACGUGAAGCAGAAAGUAUCAUCAAGGGGGAAGUAUGUGUCUGUCAACAUUGGUCCAAUUCAAGUUGUUUCCAGUGAACAGGUCCAAGCUGUAUACAAUGCCAUGAAGAGAGAUGAGCGGAUGAAGUACUUUUUAUAGUAUGAAACUUCCUUUUUUGUAUAGAAUCUGAUAAUUUGGGCUUCAUGAUUGCCCUUCGUCCUCUAAAAUUUCCUUUACUCCUUAACCUCUCAGUUAGUUUUGUUCUUUGAUUUACUCAUAACUUCAGUAAUUAAGUAAUCAUGAUUCAUUAGGUUCUGUUCCAUACUUGCACAAAAGAUGUAUAUUAUAGCGAUUUGACAGUAAGCAAGUUUUUCUGUUCAUUCUCUGUAAUCUUACAUUUAAGUAGCAAAUUGGUUAUGGAUAAGCAUUGCCUUGAGCAUGUGAAAUCAA